UGUUUGUAUUCUUAUUUGACAGAUUAAAAGGAUGGGGAUGCAGUGUCUAGCUUAUAAAAGUUAGGAAGAGGUGGAGCUAAGUUUCCAGUCUUAUCUGACUGGAAAAAUAUCAGGAGGGGAACUUAAUGUGAAGGAGGAAAGAUAGAAAGUCGCAGGUGGCAUUUAAAGUACCAGAAAUACCAGUUUUGUAAUUAAGCUGUACUUUCUGUGAGAGUGAGUAGUGGGAAAUAAAGUUGGAAGCAUAGGUAAAAACCAGGUCAUGCAGAUCCAACUUAACUCAUGUAGGUUCAACUCCAGUUAUGCAUCCAGUGUUGACAGUUCCUCAUUUGAGAAAGAGAUGGAAAACAGAAAUUACUGUUUCUGUGAAUAACAUGUGACCUUUGAAAAGGAUUUUUUUUUUUUUUGCCAUACCACAGGCUACUUGCAGAUUCCCCAACUAGGGAUUGAAGCUCAGCAGUGGAAGCACAGAGUCCUAACCACUGGACUGCCAGGGGAUCCUCUCAAUUUUUCUUUCUGAAAGAAACUUCUAAAAGAGAAGUUGCUCAGUCCUCUCUUCGUACCCAUAGUAACCUGUGAGACCGCGUGGCUUUAUACUCCUGACUUGGGACAUGGCCUCCUAUUAGGUCAAACUGAGUCUACAAAGAGUGGCCCAUUGUGCUAACAGGCCUGCUUGGUCUACACUUGCAGAAAUAUACUCUGUGAUGGCCUGCAUUUGGAGGCCUGAACCUCUUCGAGAAAGGUAACCUGUUCAACAAACGUUAAAACUGCAAAUAAUUAAAAGUGCUAUGAAAGAUGCCCAGACAGGGAACCAAAAAAGGACAGAAAGUUUCCAUAAACGAAGCAAUGUUUAAACCUGAAGAAACGAGAAGUUGGGAUAAUCCAAUUCUGUGCCAAAUCUUUGUGGUGUACCAGCUGGCUGGGUGUGUUAGCGACACUGACAAGUCUAGAGCCAAAGUUAAGAGAAUAAAUGGGAAAGGGUUAGAAGAUUGGAUAGGUCAGCAGGAAGCCAGUAUUUUGGCGUCUAUAACCAUGUUCUGGACUUUGGGUAUUGUUUGACAAAAAAUGAAGAGCCUAGUGAAGGUUUGAAAGUGUGUACCUCAUAGAUAACAAGUUGCUGCAUGUGUAAAUCAGACAGUCUUAAUAGGGCACUACUGUGGAAAUGACUGAAGGAUGGAUGGAUGGAUGAUACUAAAGGUGGGCUGAGAUAUACCUUCCGUUGUGAUCAAUUCUUCCUCAGUGUUCAGGAGUCUAAGAGGAGUCAAACAAUAAAUGGGUUUUUCAGACUAGAUUUUCUUUGAGGAGCUCUGUACUACUGAAGUCUACAAUACCUAGCAUUUGAUCAUAAACAUCACUAUAAAUGAUAGUUGCCUUUACCUUCUACACAAAUUGCCAAAUUCUCAUUACAGUAGUCCUAUAAGGUGGGAAUUAUACUUGCUUUACCAAUGAAGGUACUGAGCCUCGAGUAACCUGCCCAAGGUAACAAAGUUCAUGAAUAGUAUAGCCAAAAUUUGAAGCCAGGUCCAUUAGACUCCCAAACACCUAUCCCCUUAACAGCUACUCUGUAAAACUUCUAUAGGAACAAGUAACCAAUGGAAUAGGCACUUGAUGAUUAAACAGUUUAGGCUAUAAACAUAUUUGGAAUUCUUCUAGGGGACUUUGUAUUUACUUAAAAAUACUUGAAUGCCUGCUACAUGCCAAGCAGUGAAUACAGUAAACAUACAGUAGUGAAUGAAAUGAACAUGCUCCCUGUCUUCCUUCAGUUUACAGUAGUCAUGGAACACAUAUCAAACCCCAAAUUGCACAAAUAACCUUAAUCAUGUUAAGUGUUUUGAAAGUAAAGUGUAAGGUGCCAUGUAACAGGGAGAUCUACUGAUGGAUGUCUUGGGUAAUGAGUCUGUUGUCACAAUCAUAUUUUUCUUCAAAAAAUUUCUGGUUACCAUUCUUUAAUGGUUUCUGGCCUAUGUUUUAACUUGUUAUGGUAAAACAAUUACCUGAGUAAUUUUAUUCCUUUCUAGAAAAGAUUCUAAUUGUGAUCAGUCACAAGCAGACUGUGGGUUUAACAUUAACAGUCAUGCCUAAAUCAAUAUGUCAUUGUGACCUGACAUGGUUUUAAUACUAUAUCCAACAGCAUUCUAGACUCCACGUUCUAGAUGUGUCCCUGAUACCCUGGUAGCUCAGUCGGUAAAGAGUCUGCCCGCAAUGCAGGAGACCCAGGUUUCAUUCCUGGGUCAGGAAGAUCCCCUGGAGCAGGAAAUGGCAACCCACUCCAGUGUCCUUGCCUGGAGAAGCCCAUGGACAGAAAAGCCUGGCAGGCUACAGUCUGUGGGGUCGCAAAAGUCAGACACGACUGAGCGACCAAGCAGACAGCACACACUGACACCUUGAGCAGCUGGCCGUCCCUCCCCUUCCUGCGAGAAUGAGCGUUCGGGCUUCCCUGAUGGCCUCGUGUUUAAGAAGCUGCCUGCCAAUGCAAGGGACACAGGUUCGAUCCCUGGGCCAGGAAGGUCCCACGUGCCACGGGGCAACUAAGCCCAUUCGCCACAACUACUGAGCUCAGAGCCGCAGCUGCUGAGCCCGCGCACCUAGAGCCUGUGUCCACGAGAGAAGCCACCCCAGUGAGAAGCCACGCCCUUGACAGAGUCGUCCCCGCUCACCAAACUAGAGAAAAGCCCAAGAAGCAACAAAGACCUAGCACAGCCAAAAACAAUUUUUUAAAAAGAACAAAAUAGUUAUUUUUUCCAGGCAUCCCUAUCCAUGUUCUUUCUUUCAGUCAACCAGAUGAACAAAUCAGAAUAGCAUCAGACAAUAUUUUUCUAAAAAGAUUUCAUAUUUCUCCCUUUCUCUCCUUCCUUACCAUGCCCCUCCUCUCCUCUUGGUACAAGCCGUCUGUUGGAUUCUUGCUGUCUUCAUAACUGAUCUCACAAUUUAUAUGAUAACACUUGUGUGUGAACUACCUUUUUUCAUGUAAGACUUUUGGGAACAGACCUCGUAUUUUAUCUUUUCAUACCUCCUUGUCAAGUGCAUAGGUGCUAGUCAGUAAAUAAUGGAUUUGAUAACAUGGCAUAUAGGUUAUGGGACAGCAUGCUAUUCUUUACAAAGUGCUUAGGCAAUUAUACCAUUUGUUCCUAUAUCAAUCUUAUGAAGCAGAGGUAAAUAGAUGAGCACAAUGAGGCUCAAAUAUGUCAAAAGCUUUCCCAAAAAUACAAUUUCUAAGCAAUCAGUUCAGUUCAGUUCAGUUGCUCAGUCGUGUCCGACUCUUUGCGACUUCAUGAAUCGCAGCACGCCAGGCCUCCCUGUCCAUCACCAACUGCUGGAGUUUACUCAAACUCAUGUCCAUCGAGUUGGUGAUGCCAUCCAACCAUCUCAUCCUCUGUCGUCCCCUUCUGCUCCUGCCCCCAAUCCCUCCCAGCAUCAGGGUCUUUUCCAAUGAGUCAACUCUUCGCAUGAGGUGGCCAAAGUAUUGGAGUUUCAGCUUCAGCAUCAGUCCUUCCAAUGAACACCCAGGACUGAUCUUUAGGAUGGACUGGUUGGAUCUCCUUGCAGUCCAAGGGAUUCUCAAGAGUCUUCUCCAACACCACAGUUCAAAAGCAUCAAUUUUUCAGCGCUCAGCUUUCUUCACAGUCCAACUCUCACAUCCAUACAUGACCCCUGGAAAAACCAUAGCCUUGACUAGACGGACCUUUGUUAGCAAAGUAAUGUCUCUGCUUUUUAAUAUGCUAUGCAGGUUGGUCAUAACUUUCCUUCCAAGGAGUAAGCGUCUUUUAAUUUCAUGGCUGCAAUCACCAUCUGCAGUGAUUUUGGAGCCCCAAAAAAUAAACUCUUGACACUGUUUCUACUGUUUCCCCGUCCAUUUCCCAGGACGUGAUGGGACCAGAUGCCAUAGUGACAUACAAAAAAGGAAAUGCUACAAAAUGAUCCAGUAAUAACCUCUCUCCACAUUUCCCAAGUAAACUAUUAGCUUGGAUGUGUGUGUGUGUGUGUGUGUGUGUGUGUUUAGUCAUGUUCGACUCUUAGCUACCCUGUGGACUGUAACCUGUCAGGCUUCUCUGUCCCUGGGAUCUUCCCAGGCAAGAAUACUGGAGUGGGUUGCCAUUUCCUUCUCCAGGGGAUCUUUCCAGUCCAGAGAUCAAACCCAUGUCUCCUGUAUUGGCAGGCAGAUUCUUUACCACUGAGCCACCAGGGAAGCCCAGCUCUUUAGAAAGUCCCUCUUUAAAUCCUAUCUCCUCAAAUCUCCACUUAACCUCACUUUUCUCAUUUGAAAUGUGAAAAUAACUGUUCUCCAUCCCGUGGAUUGUUGGAAAUGCACUAUACACUAAGAGGUAACCACAUGUGGCUACUUAAAUUUAAUUAAAGUUAAAUAAAAUGUAAAAUUCACUUCCUCAGCCACAUUCACCACAUUUCAAGUGACUAGUGGCUUCCACGUUGGAAACAGCAGAUAUAUCAUUACCGAAAGUUCUAUUGAACAGUGCUGUGUCAGCACUAGGACUGGUCAAAGAUCAGAGAAAGGGAUAUGAUUGAACUGAAAACUCAGGCCAUUGCCUGGUUGGUUUUGAGUGAGAAGGUUCAGUGGGUGGGUGGGAAGCAAGCUGACCUUCAGAACAGUGACAUCACAAAGAACAGCUCACAGUGGCUCUGGAACACCUGGACUCCCAGACCACUCUUCCUAACUCAUAUCUAGGUUCCUGAAGCCUCUGCACAUGUAGUUCCUGGAGCUGCUGGUAUAUUAAAAUGUCAUCUUCAUCUUCUAUCUGGGACACCAUCAUAGAUUAUCUCUCUCUGAGCACGAUAUGGAAUUAUCUACAAGCAACUCUUCUGGGAGAGACUAGUGCGCCUCAGCAAACAAAUUUGGGGCCACUAGAUAACCUUGCUCCGGCUGUGCAAGUUAUCCUGGGAAUUUCCUUUUUGAUUUUGUUGGGAGUGGGAAUGUAUGCCUUAUGGAAACGAAGUGUUCAGUCAAUUCAGAAAAUACUGUUGUUUGCAAUCACACUCUACAAACUUUACAAGAAAGGCUCAGAUUUUUUUCAGGCUUUGCUGGUCAACCCAGAAGGGAGUGAUCUCACACUUCAAGACAAUAAUAUUUUCCUGUCUUUGGGUCUGCAAGAGAAGAUUCUGAAAAAGCUUCAGACAGUGGAAAACAAAGUGAAGGACUUGGAAGGGAUGAUCAUUUCCCAAAAACCUACCACAAAGAGGGAUUACUCCUCUGAGCACUACUGCAGCUGCUCCGACUGCCAGAGUCCCUUGCCUACAUCAGGGUUUACAUCCACAUCUGAAAUGUGAUGGACUCCAACUGUUUCUAGAAAAGCGCUCUUUUCCUCAUGUGUGCGGUGGUGUAUCAAUAAAGACAGAGAACUAUAUUGAAAUUACCUGGCCAGGACUG